AGCAGCAUUGCCCAGCUCAGCACUUGCAGAGGGGGAGGCGCAUGAGAGGGCCCCAGGAUGGGGCAGGGACUCAGCAGCACCCCGGCCUGGGAGCUGGACAAGUUCAUAGAGGACCACCUCUUGCCCGACACCACCUUCCGUAAAGAUGUCAAAGCCGUCAUUAAUAUCAUGUGCACUUUCCUGAAGGAGAGAUGCUUCCAAGGAGCCGACCACCCUGUGAGGGUCUCCAAGGUGGUGAAGGGCGGCUCCUUGGGUAAAGGCACAGCCCUCAAGGGCAGGUCAGAUGCGGACCUGGUGGUGUUCCUUAGCAAUCUCACCAGCUUCGAGGAUCAGUUAAACCGACGGGCAGAGUUCAUCCAGGAAAUCAAGAAACAGCUCUGCAACUUUCAGAGAGAGAGACAUAUUUGGGUGAAGUUUGAGGUCCAGAGUUCAUGGUGGUCCAACCCCCGGGCACUCAGCUUCAAGCUGAGCUCUUCGCAUCUUCACCAGGAGGUGGAGUUUGAUGUGCUGCCGGCCUAUGAUGUCCUGGGUCAUGUCAGCAUCUGCAGCACGCCUGGCCCUGAAAUCUACAAACGUCUCAUCAGGGAGUGCACCUCCUUGGGGAAAGAGGGCGAGUUCUCCUCCUGCUUCAUGGAGAUCCAGCGCAACUUCCUGAAGAAUCGUACAACUAAGCUGAAGAGUCUCAUCCGCCUGGUCAAGCACUGGUACCAACUGUGUAAGGAGAAGCUGGGGAAGCCGCUACCCCCACAGUAUGCCCUGGAGCUGCUCACAGUCUACGCCUGGGAACGUGGGAGAAGAUUAUUUGACUUCAACACAGCUGAGGGCUUCAGGACAGUCUUGGAACUGGUCACCAAGUACAGGCAGCUUCGAAUCUACUGGACAAUGUAUUAUGACUUUCACGACCAGGAGGUCUCCAACUACCUGCACAGACAGCUCAGUGGAGCCAGGCCUGUGAUCCUGGACCCCGCUGACCCAACAGGGAACGUGGCUGCUGUGAACUCAGAUGGCUGGGGACGGUUGGCAGGAGAGGCUAAGUCCUGGCUUCAGUACCGGUGCUUUAAGAACAGAGAUGGGUCCCCAGUGUGCUCCUGGGAUGUGCCGACGGAGGUUGAUGUGCCACAUCAGGAGAACCAGGAGAAUAAUUUUUUUUACUACCUCUGUUUAUUUUUGUGGUUUUUGUUUCUUUUCAUUGUUUCGAGGUCAUCUUCUGCAUAGCCCAGGCUAGCCUGGAGCUCGCCAUCCUCCUGCCUUAGUGCUGGGGUGGCUGUGGUUUAGGCCUCAUGUACAUUGCCUUCCCUCCAUCCCCAGGUGGACGAGAUCAGAUCAUGCAUCCUCCUGUGAGCACAGCAGCACCUGUCCAGGAGGCUCUGGAGUCAGGGGAUGUGCUCCUCUAUGCAGGAUGCUGCCCAAGGCCCCAGUGAGGGAUCGUCCAACCUGGGGUCAGACUCCAGGCUCCUGACCCCGCCCUCCUUUCCAUCCUGCCCCAUCACAUCCAGCCUUCCUCACUGUCUGCUUCAUCUGCCUCAUCCUUGACAGUGUUCUCUGGGGGACAAGAGAUUCAGAAGGGAGGGGAGAACUCAAGCCUGACUUCCGUCUGUGUGUCUGUUGGAGGGUUCCGUCCAGUGUCUGAUCAACAAUUAAGCCACA